AGCUUAACUUGGAUCCUAAGUAUGAUUCUUGUCCCUCCUCUCGGCUUUUGAACUCUGUCUUAAACCGGGUUCUUGAUCUUUCCUUGUGUUCGCAGUUCGUCCGACCCCCCGAGAACAGCGCAUAAAUCCCCAUCGAAACCUCUCCUAUUCACUGGCUUACAGGGCCUGCUUGGUGGGUUAAUUCUUUUUCAGCUGAUAUCGUUGUCCUUACGGUUAUCCUCUUCUCUCCAACUCCUCUGGCUCUCUGUUCCGCCAAAGAAAUGGGGAGACAUUCUUGCUGUGUGAAGCAGAAGCUGAGAAAAGGGCUGUGGUCGCCCGAGGAAGACGAGAAGCUCUUCAACUACAUCACCCGAUUCGGCGUCGGCUGCUGGAGCUCUGUACCGAAGCUCGCCGGACUCCAGAGAUGUGGAAAGAGUUGCAGGUUGAGGUGGAUAAACUACCUGAGGCCUGACCUCAAGAGAGGGAUGUUCUCUCAAGAAGAGGAGGAUCUCAUUGUCAGUCUCCACAAAGUUCUUGGGAACAGGUGGGCUCAGAUUGCGGCGCAAUUGCCCGGAAGAACUGAUAACGAGAUAAAGAACUUCUGGAACUCCUGCUUGAAGAAGAAGCUGAUGAAGCAAGGCAUCGACCCGGCGACGCACCAACCGAUCAGCGAGGUCCAGCUGAUCAAAGAAGAGAAAUGCGCCAAGAACGAGUCCUUGCAAGUGCCACAACUCAAGGGACUCACCCCAGCCGUAUCGAGUUCCAGAGCGCACGAGCCGGCAUUCUUAAUCAGCGACACUUGCUAUGAGGGCGGAGCACUAAUAGAACCGUCCAGAGAGUCCGUCGAUAAUAAUAACUACAUGAGCAGGCCGGUUUUCGAUUCUUUGCCUUACUUUGAAUUCCAGUCUGGGGUCGACAUGGUCGGCUUUAAUUCCAAUCUGCUGAGCCAGUACCAUGAUCCUCCUAGAACCAUCGAUCAAAGCCAUCUUGAUAUUAGUUCUAACUUUGAGUUUUCCUCGAUGCCGAGCCUGACUAAUUUUGACCACCCUGGUGCGACGAUGAGCGGGUCGGAGUUCUCGAACAAUUCCACUUCGAGAAUGAGUCCAUUCUUCUUCCAUGAGGCGAAAGACCAAUGCUCAACUAAUAAUAGCUCGAGCAUUGGCAACUACACGGGGUUUCAGGUGAACAGCUCGGUCGAAAAUGCUGCUUUCUCUUGGUGUUCUAGUGAGAACAAGUUGGACUGCUUGUUCCAGUACCAGGCCAAUGGGACAAGCAAGAGUGAAGAAUUGAAACCACAAGGUUCAUGGCAAGAGGACCAGCUACACAUCGGUCCUGUUAAUUCAUCGUCGGAAGAUUUCGGUAGCUUUCAGCUGACAUCGCUUUCGGACGAUCUAACCGCAGCGAAUUUCGACAUCUUUCAGCAGAUGUAAACUUGUACAUCCGGUUCAUCUUAUUUGUCUUUUCCCGGUUUUGCUCUAAUCACAAAAGAUACACACAGAUGUCGAUAUAUACAGGAGAUCAUAUUCCCGUUGAGAGAGUGGAAAGGAGUUUAAUUUUUUUUCUUUUUUCUUUUUUUUUGGUUGGACUAAGUUUCCCUUUUUCGUCCGAUGUUUCGGUACACGGCAAUACAUCGCAACACGAAUGUUUUAGGAAUGCAGAUCUUGAAUGAUCAUGAUCCCAUUUUCUUUGCUAUUGAAAGAAAUAAGGAAAACAUUUCAAUUCUUCUUUCUCGUUUCUCUUUCCUGUAAGCCUCCAUGAUUGUAAUUCGGUUUCGUGGUCCUGAUCUAAUGAACUUUACUUCCGCAA